AUGGCCCCCGUCGCAGCGUCCACCGCUUCCAUCAUGGCCCCGUCCUCAACGUCCAGCGACGUGGCCAUCUACAUUGUCAACCCGAACAGCUCCAGCGUCAUCACCGCGGCACUCUCGGCCAACCUGUCCCCGCAAACACCACCCGGCUGCACAACCCACUUCGUCACAGGCCCUUCCACGUCGCCGGCCAGCAUCCAGGACGUGAGCGAGUCCAUCAUCUCGGCGUCGGAAACGUUCCGCGCGCUCUCUGCGUCUUCGCCCUCAUCCGAUCUCUCGCAGCACGCGGCGUCGGCAUUCCUGGUGGCGUGCUUCUCGGACCACCCGCUGGUGGGGAUGCUGCGGUGCAAAGCGCCGUCCAAACCGGCGCUGCACCUACUCGAGGCUGCGGUGAUCCACUCGCUCAGUGUAGGGGAUAAGUUUGGCGUGCUGACGACAGGGCGUAGUGUUGUUGGCGACGUCGAGGCGGGCGUGAGGAAGGUGAUGGGCGGCAACUCGGAUCGGUACGUGGGCACGCAUGCCACGGGCUUGGGCGUCGUCGAGCUGCAGACAGGGAAUCGCGAAAAGGUGGAGGACAAGAUCCGUAGGGGCGCACAGGAUCUGGUCGCGAAAGGUGCCGAUGUGAUCGUGUUGGGCUGUGCCGGGAUGACGGGCAUGGAGCCGCUGGUGAGCGAGGCGUGUAGGCAGGUCGGCGAGGAAAAUGUCAAGGUCGUCGAUGGUGCCAAGGCCGGCUUGCAGAUUCUCGCUGGGUUGGCGAGGGUCAAUUAUCGUUCGUAA